UGGUCAGCUGUCAGAGGUCUCAGUUCGGGUUUUCUCCAUCUUGCAGUGGUAGAAAAAGUGGAUUGCAUCCUUUUUCCUUUUUUUCUUGCAGCGCUCUCCUCUUUUUUGUGUCUUUCUUCCUUUUCUCGGUCUGGAAGCGGUGCGUUUUUAGGAGCAGGAACGGUUGCAGACCGCGCGGGGCGCAGUCUGACCACUCCACCGACCUGACGCCGAGCAUCUGCUGUCUGCGGGCCGCUUUCCCUUUAAAAGCGUGACGCAGUCCCUCUGCUUGCCCCACUUUUUUUUUUGGUGGAGCGGGCAGCGGCAGUCUGCGCAGAGCGGCGCCUCCUGACGCACGACCCGGCCCGGCCCCGCUGGGAUCCCUCACCGACCCCAACCACCAUGGAGUUUCUACUGGGGAACCCGUUCAGCACGCCCGUGGGCCAGCGGAUCGAGAGUGCGACCAGCUCCGAUUCACCAUCUGAAGACUGGGAGCUCAACAUGGAGAUCUGCGACGCGAUCAACAGCUCGGAGGAAGGGCCCAAAGACGCGGUGAGGGCCAUAAAGAAGAGGAUCGUCGGGAACAAAAACUUCAAGGAGGUCAUGCUGGCGCUCACGGUGCUGGAGACGUGCGUGAAGAACUGCGGCUACAGGUUCCACGUCAUGGUGACCACGCGGGACUUCAUAGAGGGGGUCCUGGUGCGGUCCAUCAUUCCCAGGAACAACCCUCCGGCGGUGGUGCACGACCGGGUGCUGGGCAUCAUACAGGCGUGGGCCGACGCGUUCCGCAGCUCGCCCGACCUGACGGGCGUGGUGUCCGUGUACGAGGACCUGCGGAGGAAAGGCCUGGAGUUCCCCGUGACCGAGCUGGAGGGUUACAUGUCGGCCCAAGGCCCAAAGAAGGUGCGAACGUACGGACGGGCGGGGUCGACUCCGACCGGAAACGGGCCUGCCGUUACCUCUCUGCCCGCUGUCCGCCUGCCUUCCGCUCUUCCUCACCUGCCCCCUCAGACCUCUGAGCUAAAGCUGGCCUUUGACGGAACCCACGCCUUCACUCCCAGCCAGGUACAAAAGCUGAAGACAGAGCUGGGAGUGGUGCGAAGCAACCUCACCACGAUGUCAGACAUGAUGAGUCAGCUCGAUCCCGUCACGGUAAAGCAAGCAGACAUGGAGCUGCUGGAGCAGUUAUACACAGUUUGUAAGGAUAUGCAAGACAGGAUAGUGAAGAUCAUCCCCAGACUCAGCGAGGAGCAGCUGAUCGAGGAGCUGCUGGCAGCCAACGACGAGAUGAACACGGCCUUCACCCGCUACCACAGGUUCGAAAGGCGAAUAACGAACGGUCACCGGAGCCACACUCACGAGAGCCUGGCGGACCUCGACUUGAAAGCAGAGUCUGGCAGCCACUCCGGGUUUGCGUCAAAAAGCGACAGCAGCAUCAGCCUAUCAAAAGCGGACAGCUUGUCAAGUCAGAUGGCAAAACUUAGUACAAGUGAAUCCGAUGACAUAUUGUCACAGAAAAUGAACGUUUCAAGUCAACAACGACCAAGGGACAGGAACGAAGUUGCAGUGGAUGGUAUGGGUCAAACUCAGGACAGCAAUUCACAAAACCCUGGAAUGGACGACAGUCCCGCCUCCACCCGCAGCUCCUCACCAAAGUUAGAUUGGAUGAUAAAAAGGGGAAUGAUUCCCAUCAACCAGUCCAACGUAAUGGAUGAUAUUGAGAAAUGGCUCUCACUGGAAGAUGAGUAUGAUGACUUUGAGGACUCAGAUGGCGUGACCAGCGAAGAGUUUGACAAGUUUUUGGCCGAGCGAGCGAAAGCAGCCGAGCGCCUGCCUCCGCUGCGAGCCCCCUCACAGGACGCAGACUGCUCCGAGUCCUAAACCGCGUUCAAACCCAACAGACUAACAGAAGUCACCAAGCUCCGGCGCGUGGAGACGUCUUUGUUCGUGAACCGCUUCGAAGCACACACAGUAUGUCGGGAAUUACAUUCCAUAUUUAAGGAAGGCUGUUUGUGACCCUGCUGUUUACAGGAGAGCAAACAAGUUUAAACUGAUAUAGAAAAUAACCUGUUUGUCAAAGGACAAAGGUUUCUACUUGGCAUUGCCAUGAAUGUUUGUAUGUGAGAAAACUUUUGCACAUUUUAUAUCUGUAUGUUUCUGCUGUUGCAGGAAAAAAAAGUCAUGUAUUAUAUUAAUGUUAAAUGUAUCUAUAUAUAAAUACAUACUGUAUAUAUAUUGGUUCUAUGAAUGGGUAAAAGCCACAUAACAGAAUACUGUAAACUUGUAAGAGAAGCCCUGCUGUAUGUAACAUACUGUGAUCAUUUGAUGAUUCGCAUCAACUUGUUGGCUGUAGAUGAUGCCAGAUUAGAUUUUUUAACUUUUCCCAUUGAAGAAAGAAAAAGUCAUGAUGAAUCAACGAUUUGUCCUUUAUUAAACUAAAACUAUUAACUUAUAUUAUGUCGGUAUAUCUUUUCACUUUACACAAUGUUUACCCAUU